UUUCAUUUGGGUACUGUCAAAAGAAUAGCAGUAGAAGUGUCGUCUCACCGAAAUGAAUUUGCAUUACCCAGAGUAAUAGUAGGAAAGGGAAAGGUGAACUUUCCCGGUGAAUGCAGCGAUCACAGGAUCUGGACCAAUAUAAAAGGUUUAGUUGAUUUUUUUUUUCUUCCCUGUGUUUUUCAAUUUCAAGAAGCAAGCCAUGUCCUUCUUGGGCUGCCAGGUGACUUUUCUGCGCCAAUUUGCCUUCGGCUGCCUGGUGGUGUUUUGUUUUGUACUUGUUUUCUCUGCAUACUACAAGCCAGAAAUCAAGUGGCCAACUUUUGGCAUUUACAUGGAGAAGAACUGUUCGUCUGAGUUUCACAUCAGCCCACCUCACAAUGGCACCCAGAAGAUCCAGGCUGCGGAGGUGGAGGCUGAGCCCGACACUAUUCUGUUGGUUUGGAUGUGGCCAUUUGGCUACCAGUUUCGCCUCAGCUGUGAUGUGUACAAUAUCACAGGAUGCCAAAUGAUAGUUGACAAGUCUCUUUACCAUAAAGCCCACGGGGUUCUCCUCCACCACAGGGACAUUCGGGGAGAUCUAGCAAACCUUCCUAAAGAGCCACGUCCCUGGUUUCAGAAAUGGGUGUGGUUUAAUAUGGAGUCACCUGCAAACACAGCUAGAAUACCUCAACUCGAUAACUUAAUCAACUUGACAUGCAGUUAUCGCCGCGAUUCCAAUAUUCCUGUGCCUUAUGGGUAUUUGAUACCACGCACAACCGAGGAGACUUUCCAACUGCCAGCAAAGGACAAGUUGGUCUGUUGGAUUGUGAGCAACUGGCACGACAACUACAGAAGAGUUCAGUACUACAAGGAACUGAAAAACCAUAUCAACAUAUCUACUUUUGGGAAUGCCUUUGGCCAACAUUUAAGUGAUCAAGACUAUAUAAACAUAGUAUCUAGUUGCAAAUUCUACCUCUCCUUUGAAAACUCUGUGUACGAUCACUAUAUUUCAGAGAAGUUGUUUAGGCCUUUGACACUAGGAACUGUACCCAUUGUUCUGGGCCCUCCAAGAAAAGAUUAUGAGGACAUCACCCCAUCUGAUUCUUUCAUUCAUGUCGAGGACUUUUCCACUCCAAUGGCGCUGGCAGAGGCUACUUUACCUUGAUGAAACUGACUCUGAAUACAUGGCCUACUUUAACUGGAAAAACAAGUAUACAGUUCGAAAGUCAAAAUUUGGCUUGGAACAUGCCUGCACAACUUGCAGAUACUUACGACAAAACAGAGGAUACCAAUCUUUUCGUAAUCUUAACAAGUGGU